CCACAAUGCGUGCGCACAAAGCGUGACGUAUGCCGCCCCUUUCAACCUGUUUCACUUUUAACGAAUCACUACUGGCAUGACUGGUGGAUAUAGUCGUGCACGCGGUGCGUCAAGGGGAAUUUCUACUGCUCGGCAUAUAUUCCAAAUAUAACCAACAUCGUAAAAUUAUGCCAGUUAUAAAUUGACUUUGGCUGGCACAAUCAAACAAGUUUAAGGAACUUUGUACUCGGUUUACUGCAGGUUCCUACUAUAUAGGGAUUCAAACAUUUCUGUUCAGAGACUGACCAUUUGUAAACUUUUUUUUCGCGUGAACGUCAGACUACCGAAAACGACAAAGGGGUAAACGUUGAAAUCUGACCAGAAAAUAACACAAGAAUGGCCCCCGAGAACGAAGAAAACGGGGUAUCCGUCCCUAUUGAGGAGCCGAACAACGAAGGCAAGAAAACAAGUGACGGCAGCCAGCUAGUCGUCAACGGAACGGGUGACGAAGACGGCGAUCAUGCAUACUCUUGCUGCUCAUGGAAGCCCGGUUUCCUCCAGUUCCUGGCUUCCGGUCGCUUCUUCUGCGUCCUGCUGUGCAUGGUGGUCGCGUCGGAUGCGUUUAAUUCUGGGACAUUCGGUAGCGCAGUGACGUCACUGGAGACGCGUUACAAGCUGCCAUCAUCUCAGCUUGGUUUCAUCAACAGCAUGUACGAGUUAGCGUCACUGGUCCUGGUCCUGUUUGUGGUCUACUAUGGAGGGAAACCAACGAGCAACAGGCCGCUGUGGAUUGGCCUCGGGAGUGUGGUGAUGGGCAUUGGAGCAGUGGUGGCGCUCUUACCACAGUUCUUAUUCGGCGCUUAUGUACCUCUUAGUGAUGGCUCGAAAGGCAACUCAAGUACCGCUACAUGCUCGGCGGGCUCUGGCAAUAUCACUGACCAUUGCACCAAGAAUGAAGGGGACACAGAUAACGGUGAAACCCAUGCUGCUUUUGUCUUCAUCAUAUGCGGGCAGAUCAUCGUCGGUCUCGGUUGGACGCCGGUGAUGGCGCUAGGCAUGUCUUACAUAGAUGAUAACGUGAAAACCUCUACGUCCGCAAUGCACAUUGGAUAUGUUCAGAGUAUGUUCGGUUUCGGCCGGAUCGCCGGUUUCCUCAUUGGCGGAGUGACGGUUCGCAAAUGGGUUGAUUACUACCGUGACGAUCCGGAUAAUUAUGGAGUCGGACCCCAAGAUCCGCAGUGGGUGGGGGCUUGGUGGCUCGGUUUGAUCAUUGCCUCUGUCUCCUACGUCAUAUCCGGUAUUCCCAUGAUCGGUUUUCCACGAAGUUUGCCGAAGAAUUAUGACGAGGCACACGAUGACUUCAUGGGUCACUCCAAACGAGGGAGGUCAACCGGAAGUGAAAGCGCUGAGAAUGCCGCCAAGCCAAGGUCAAGGAAAAAGGCUGCUUUCAAAAGCAUCAAGGAUAUGCCGGGGAAGUUCUGGGAAGUCUGUAAGAAUCCUCUGUACUUGAUCAUCAACAUGGCUUUCGUGACCGAGUUCGCUGCCAUGAUUGGACUCAAUAUAUUCUUUCCAAAAUACCUAGAAACAGAGUUUGGACUGACGUCAUCAUAUGCAAAUCUCAUUACAGGCGCUGUUCUCGUGCCGGCCGCUGCUCUUGGAUCCAUCGUUGGGGGCGUCAUUGUCAAGAAAUUCAAGACAAAAGCAGAGGGGUCUUGCAAGGUAGCCUUGGUUCUCAGCAUAGUCGCUAUGUUCCUGCUCCUAAUCACGUUCGGUGUCGGUUGUCGAACCAUUCCAACGGCUGGUGUAACGACUAAGUAUCCCGACCAAAGCGCUGGUACGAGCUUGAGCCGAACUAGUACGUGUAAUGUCCAGUGUGGAUGCAAUAAUGAUAUAUAUUCCCCUGUGUGUGGAGAGGAUGGCAUCACCUAUGUGUCAGCAUGCCACGCUGGUUGCCUACAAGAAUUUGACAAUGGGACAUUCGGCGAUUGUUCAUGUGUCGACGCUGAAGAUGGUACCUAUUCGGCAGUGGACGGUACCUGCGGGAACAACUGCAAGAGUCUUAUUCCAUUCCUCAUCAUCUCUUUCUUGGUUGUCGUCAUAUCCGGUGCGGAAGAGAUCCCACAAACCCUCAUUGCAAUGAGAUGCGUGAAUCCAGACUCUAAGGCCAUCGCUCUCGGUGUCCGGGCCAUCAUGAUGAGAUUACUUGGCGCCAUUCCAGCCCCGCUGAUCUACGGCGCUAUGAUCGACACCGCGUGCAGAUUGUGGCAAACGGAGUGCGGUCAGCAAGGGUCGUGUUACGUCUACGAUCUAGCUGCGUUCCGUUACGCCUACCUCGGAGUCAACUUCAUCUUCAAGGUUCUCACCGUGCUUUUCUACGUCAUAGGGUGGUGGCUCAUCAGGCGACAGCGCAUGCGCAACCAACAGGCGGGAAAACUUACGAACGAGGAAGAGUAAAGGAAAGAAUGACGCUAAGAACUCAAUACUAUCUAGGUCUGGUUUCCUGAAGACUGAUAUCAGUAUCAAAAUACUUUUUUCAUAUUGUAUAUCGCCGUCAUCCAAUCAGGUCUCAGGAUUUCGGUGGCUUUUAACACUUAUCUUGAUACAAGAUUUGUGAAAUGAGAACAUGAUAAGAAAGGCAGAGACUUCUCGGUAUUUCCAUCCUGCCAUUUAGUCAUUGUUUUCGAGGGAAUGAUUUUCUGUUUAUAAGUACUAAUCUCUUGAUCAUUGCAUUUCCCUUUCAUUCCAUCGCAAUCCACCUCUCCCUCUUUCUCUCUCUCUCUCUCUCUCUCUCUUCCUAACCCUCUUAAAAAAGGCACAAAACGAUAUUAUGUAGUAUAUGUUUUAAGAACAAAUUUUCAUAUACUUUUCAGUAGGCCUAAUUUGCAUUAAGAAUUUGAAGAAAAAGAACGGUUCUUGGUAUAAUGAAUUUCUGUCAGUGUAUUUGAUAUAACAUAUUUUUGUAGCACUGCAAAUUCAAUAAACAGGGCCAUUGAUUUUUUCUAAAUGAGAUUGUUUUUAAUAUUUAAAUGAUUUAAUCUUAAUUAUGUAUACAGUCGAACCACUCAUCAAUCUUAAAUUUGAUUAUGAUGGUCUGCUAUGUUCAAAAUAGAUAGAUUAAUGUUGUCAUAUUGUUAAUUUGAUAAAUUCGUGCCACCUUCAUUUUUUCCAAAUCUCAAUUACUAAUAAUAGUUUCAUAUAUUCCGGAAAUUACAUAAUAUGGUUAAACGCAGGGAUAAAAUUUUAAAAAUCGACUAGACUCAGAAUAAAAGUAAGAAAGUAAAAAAGAUAGAUCGAUAGAUAUAAAGAAAAACAGAAAAAUGACAAAGAAAGAAAGAAAAAGAAAGAGAGAAAAAAAGAAAUAUAGGGACAAAGGAAGGGAAAUUCUGACGGAAAUAAAAUUAUAAACUAGUUUAUUCAAACCAUAGAUCUCUUUCGUCAUGAUCUUUGGGUAAGCUAUUCUAUUCAUUAUCGUUAGGCAAGCUAUUCUAUUCAUGAUCGUUGGGUAAGCUAUUCUAUUCAUGAUCGUUUGGUAAGCUAUUCUGGCGCCACAACUGGGCGUUGUAGCAUGCGCCUGUAAUCCAAGCUAUGUGGGGAAGUUCCAAAUUGAUGCAGAGGUUCGAGCCCUGGUCACGUCUUUCGGAUGGUGACCUUAAUGGUCGUUCCCAGACGUAAAUAAUCAUAUGUGAUUGAUACACGUCUGAUAAAACUCAAACACACAAUAUUCUGACGCGGUAACUUAUAAAUGUUCCUGUAUUCAUGAACAAUACACAUCAUUCUGCAAAUGGAGUGGUAGAGAGUGUGGUUCGCGUUUAUCUCUUAACAUCGAAAAUAUGAAAAACUAUAAGAAAUACACGUUUAACAAUAUAAAUUUAUGACAUCAACGGUGUGUGAAGGGAAAAUAAUUUAUGUAGUAUAUGUCUGUAAUCUUUCAUGUUUUUGUGUGUUUAUAUUACGCUAUUUUAUAUUCUAUGGCGGCAUAUGUUUUUAAUGGGAAAACGCACAGGAAAAUGUAUAUUGAUCACUAUAAUAGUUUUAUAUAUUAUAAAAAGGGUAAAGGUGCAUUAAAAUAUUUGAAUAUCGUAGAAUUACUCAAUAGAGUGCUGGAAAUUAUAUUUUUCUAUCUUAAUAUUGUCGAGUCUGCUUUAGAGUAAAACCGUAUCAUGUUUUGUGUCCUCAUGGUACCCAAAUUUCCAUAUUUUGCUGAAUAUUGAAUUAUUAUGUAAGAAUGAAUUACUCUUUUAGACCUGAAUCCCUCAAAAAUUCACCAAUAAAAGCAGACACGAAGAGAAUCAUAUUGGUCCAUGGACACAAAGGUGGUGUUUAAUCAGUGGUGUCAGAGUAUUGCUCAUGCAUAUUCCAUGAAUUUAUUAGGUGUAAAGAAGCUUUACAGUGCCAUCUCCAGGCGAGAUAUUUUAUCUUGCCACGUCGACUUAUAAAAAGACACAUGUCAUAAUUGCGAGAUAUGUAGUUUGCCAAGAUGAUUUUUUUACUAUAUGUCGAAGUGGCGAUAAUGCAUUUCAUAAUUAUUGUCGACAUAGCUUAAAUUUAUAGAACAAUGACUAAUUUGCAUGAAUAAAACGAAUGGCCACUUUUUGGUAUUGUUUGAUUGUAUUUUCUGAUCAGAGACGCAUACUUUCAACAUAUAAACCUGUUUUGAGGAUCGGGGAAUUCACUCAUCGAUGGCAAUUAGAUCACACAAUGUAAGGAAUUACAGGUCGUAAUUCUCUGGUCCACUUCGAUAACCCGAUCUAUCGAUUUUUAUCUUUAUCGGGGUGUUUGAUUGGUAUACAUGAAUGAACACUCCAAUCAUUUUACCCCGAUGUUAAAUUUGUGGAGUUGUUACGACAUCCUUGAUUAUCAUUUUUUACACUCUCUGGUGCUAUGUUCAAUCUCGAGUGUGCUCAGGAUGUGGUCUUCUAGGGACGCCUACUGUUAGCUUUCAAACCCAGUUUUCUAUUUUAUUAAACAUUAUAUAUAUGGUAUGUAUUAUUGAUAUUCAUGUGUUCUCUUUUGGACAUGCAGUAUGCUCCAUCCUUUUUAAAUGUAUCUUUAACUUUAUAUCUUUUCUACAAGUAUCUAAAUGUUUCAUAUGGUGUAUCGAUAUAUUUUUAAGAUGAAGAAAAUAAUAUUUUAAAAAGAUACUAAACUUGACAUCAUAUUAUGUUCAAAUCAAAAUAAAGCAUUAUUUUAUACAU